AUGCAGUUCUCUACCAUCAUGACCACUUUUUUCCUGGCUGCUGCGACCAGCGUUGCCGCCAAGAAGCACUCCGAGCUCCACUGCAUCACCGCCAGUGGUAGCGGCCAGUUCAUCGUCGGCUUGCCCAACAACGACGUGACCAGAAAGACUUGCCCCGGCUUCUGCUCUGACUGCGUCCUCUCCAACAGUGGAACCACCAUCACCUGCAAGUCUCCCGGCAAGUUGAUGGAGGGCGGCGACUUCUCCGACGCCUGCAUCAAGAACGGUGGAUCCGGCAGCGAGUAA